GGAAGAUGAGGGGCCAGUGGGCUGUGGUUGCACUCACUGUAUUGGUAGGUGUCCACUCUCCAGCUGUCGACCACGGGUUUCUCAACCGCAGGCAGGAUGAACUGGCGCGCGCUGCACGGCUGCACCGAAUACCAGGGGCCUUUUCGACAAAUCUAACGAGAGAUCAUGGCGAUUGGCGAGGCAGCUGCCUGAAACUGGAAGCCAUUCCCUCGCCUCCAAAACUCUCAGGUGUCCAUGGCGAUUGGCACGGCAAAUCGGGAGCGCGGGAUCCCCAGCCCCCAUGUCCAGGAGCCUGUCUCUAAAAAAAAGCUCCAGCUGCGCCACCUGGACGGACAGCCGUGUCCAUGAGGUUAUACUACCUGUAUUGAUGAGGUCGCCGAUCGACCGCUGCAUCGCAGAAUCGGAUGGGAGAAUAGAGACCGUGAAUGCGAGCACAGAGGAAACGUCGAAACGAGCACUCGAGGCCGGUGAAGACGCGAGAAUGCGAGAUGUGACACAGUGCAAGCGUAACUGCUGCGGAUACACCGAACCAGACGAAAAGCACUGACACGUGAUUCGUACGAAUGCCGGUGGAAAAGAGACGCUGACAUUAGCAGGAAGGCGGAGGCGCGGAGCCAGUGAGUGACGCACCAGUCAGCGGUGAGAGUAGUAGAAACUGCAUGCCAUUUGGUGCCAUGGACAUGGAGCCGAUCCUUCUUCUCUGCCUGUCUCUCCUUGCCCACGGGGCGGAGGCGGCGUGCAGAGAUGCCAGGUUCGAGGGGACAGUUCUUCCUCUGAGGGUGCAGCAGCUGGUGGUGGCGCCGCCUACACGGUCACCGGCGGCGAACAGGCUCCGGUUCCGCCACGACGUCAGCCUGACAGUGCCGGUGGCCGUGGGCGCGCCGCCGCAGAACGUCACGAUGGUGCUCGACACCGGCAGCGAGCUCUCCUGGCUGCUCUGCAACGGGAGCCGCGUGCCGUCCACACCGCCACAGCCACAGGCUCCCGCGGCGUUCAACGGGUCGGCGUCGUCCACGUACGCCGCCGCGCAUUGCUCGUCGUCGCCCGAGUGCCAGUGGCGCGGGCGCGACCUCCCCGUCCCGCCGUUCUGCGCCGGGCCGCCGUCCAACUCCUGCCGCGUGUCCCUCUCCUACGCCGACGCCUCGUCUGCCGACGGCGUCCUGGCUGCCGACACGUUCCUCCUCGGCGGGGCGCCGCCCGUGCGCGCGCUCUUCGGCUGCAUCACCUCCUACUCGUCCUCCUCCACUGCCGACGGCAACGGCAACGGCAACGACGCCAGCGCCACCAACUCCUCGGAGGCGGCGACGGGGCUCCUCGGCAUGAACCGGGGCAGCCUGUCCUUCGUAACGCAGACUGGCACCCUCCGCUUCGCCUACUGCAUUGCCCCAGGGGACGGGCCCGGCCUCCUCGUCCUCGGCGGCGACGGCGACGGCGCCGCCCUGUCGGCGGCACCGCAGCUAAACUACACGCCGCUGAUAGAGAUGUCUCAACCGCUGCCGUACUUCGACAGGGUGGCCUACUCCGUGCAGCUGGAGGGCAUCCGCGUGGGCGCCGCGCUGCUGCCCAUCCCCAAGUCCGUGCUCGCGCCGGACCACACGGGCGCGGGCCAGACCAUGGUGGACUCGGGCACGCAGUUCACGUUCCUCCUCGCCGACGCCUACGCGCCGCUCAAGGGCGAGUUCCUGAACCAGACGAGCGCGCUCCUGGCCCCGCUCGGCGAGCCCGACUUCGUGUUCCAGGGCGCGUUCGACGCCUGCUUCCGCGCGUCGGAGGCGCGGGUGGCCGCGGCGACGGCGAGCCAGCUGCUCCCGGAGGUGGGCCUCGUCCUCCGCGGCGCGGAGGUGGCGGUCGGCGGGGAGAAGCUCCUGUACAUGGUGCCCGGCGAGCGUCGCGGUGAGGGCGGCUCCGAGGCGGUGUGGUGCCUGACGUUCGGGAACUCGGACAUGGCGGGCAUGUCGGCGUACGUGAUCGGACACCACCACCAGCAGAACGUCUGGGUGGAGUACGACCUCCAGAAUAGCCGCGUUGGCUUUGCGCCCGCGCGCUGCGACCUCGCCACCCAGCGCCUCGCCGCCCGAGCAUAGGCUUCGGUAGCAUUGAUUGAUGGCACGCAGCAGCAGGGCACGAAAUCGUUGGUAGAGACCAGGUAUUAGAGAUGGUCUCUCCGAUCACCUGCUGCUGUACGUGGUCAACUUUGUAUUACGCGAUCAAGUAUACAAGUCGGUGACAAGCUGAUAUACACAUAGACAUAGCUAUGGAUACUUUUUAUUAUGCGAUCAGGUAUACAUACAAGUCGGUGACAAGCUGAUAUGGAAAUAGUUAUUAUGAUGAAUAUUUAUUCACUCCGGUCACAAACAGGAGUAAGCAAAUGUCUUCGAGCUAUAUAAAGUUCAAUGUUCCAAAUUAACUUUAACUACACUUUUUUUUUACAUGUUAAAAGUUUGAAUGCGACAUGAAUAGCGCAA